ACUAUUAGUAGAAAGAGAGAGAUUUUGGGUUUUCUUUCAACGUUUCUCGUCGUCAACUAAACUAAGCUUCGUCAUGGACAAUGCCAUCAACGUUUUGCUGGUUUGCUUCUCCUUCUGAAUCGCCAUUGUUGCUGCCCUUCUCCCGAUCCUCUGCUUUUUUGAGUUGAAGAGUAGAGAAUGGCGUCGAUCUUAAUGAAGUUCGGGUUAUUGUUUUUUGUUUUUUCUCUAAUUUUCUAUCCGUCGGAUUCUGCUGUUUCGAGCAUAGAUCUGGGGUCUGAAUCGGUUAAAGUUGCAGUCGUGAAUUUGAAACCUGGACAGAGUCCAAUUUCGAUCGCGAUCAAUGAAAUGUCGAAGCGUAAAUCUCCGGCCUUGGUGUCUUUUCAAUCGGGAACUCGUCUAAUCGGCGAAGAAGCGGCCGGUCUCGUUGCCCGGUAUCCUAAUAAGGUGUUUUCCCAAAUCAGGGACAUGGUUGGGAAGCCUUAUAACUAUGUUAAAAGUUUGACAGACUCAUUGUACUUACCGUUUGAUAUUGUGGAAGAUUCAAGGGGUGCUGUUGGUUUCAAAACUGAUGACAAUGUGACUGUUUACUCGAUUGAGGAAUUAUUGGCAAUGAUUUUGGCUUAUGCUUCGAAUUUAGCUGAGUUCCAUUCGAAAGUGCCGGUGAAAGAUGCUGUAAUUUCUGUGCCACCGUACUUUGGGCAAGCAGAGAGAAGAGCACUACUACAAGCAGCGCAACUGGCUGGGAUAAAUGUACUUUCAUUGAUCAAUGAACAUUCGGGUGCAGCACUUCAAUAUGGAAUUGAUAAGAAUUUUGCCAAUGAGUCGAGGCAUGUUAUUUUCUACGAUAUGGGUUCAAGCAAUACUUACGCGGCCCUUGUUUAUUUUUCGUCUUACAAUGCGAAAGAGUACGGGAAGACUGUGUCAGUCAACCAAUUUCAGGUGAAGGAUGUUAGAUGGGACCCAGAACUCGGGGGCCAGAAUAUGGAAUUACGGCUGGUUGAAUAUUUUGCUGAUCAGUUCAAUAAACAAGUUGGGAAUGGUGUGGAUGUAAGGAACCAUCCCAAGGCUAUGGCAAAAUUGAAGAAACAAGUUAAACGAACUAAAGAAAUUUUGAGUGCAAAUACAGCCGCUCCAAUAUCAGUUGAAUCUCUCUAUGAUGAUCGAGAUUUUAGGAGCACCAUAACACGGGAAAAGUUCGAAGAGUUGUGUGGGGAUUUGUGGGAGAAAUCUCUUUUACCCGUGAAAGAACUAUUAAAGCAUUCAGGUUUAAAAAUGGAUGAUAUAUAUGCUGUGGAAUUGAUUGGAGGUGCUACACGGGUUCCAAAAUUACAGGCAAAACUCCAGGAGUUCCUUGGAAGGAAUGAGCUGGACAAACAUCUGGAUGCUGAUGAAGCUAUUGUACUUGGUGCAGCUCUCCAUGCUGCCAAUUUAAGUGAUGGAAUCAAAUUGAACCGUAAGCUUGGAAUGGUGGAUGGUUCUCCCUAUGGAUUGGUUGUUGAGUUAGAUGGCCCUGAUCUCGUAAAGGAUGAGAACACUAGGCAAGUGCUUGUACCACGCAUGAAGAAACUCCCCAGUAAGAUGUAUAGAUCAGUCGUCCACAAUAAGGAUUUUGAAGUUUCACUUGCAUAUGAGAACGAUCUUCUUCCACCUGGUGUCAGCGUUCCCAUAUUUGCUCAAUAUGCUGUUUCUGGUUUGACGGAUACUAGUGAGAAGUAUUCAACUCGGAACUUGUCAUCUCCCAUCAAGGCAACAUUACACUUCUCUCUCAGUAGAAGUGGAAUUUUGUCUUUGGAUCGGACAGAUGCUGUUAUUGAGAUAUCAGAAUGGGUAGAUGUACCUAAGAAUGUUUCAGUUGAUAAUUCAACAAUUGCUUCCUCCAAUGCAACUGUGGAGGAUUCUGGAAAGACUUCAGAAGAAAAGAAUGACACCUUGAUCCCUGAAAAUGGUGGGGUUGGUAACACAUCCAACCCUAGUACAGAAGAACAAGGUACACCUGAGCUUGUUACUGAAAAAAAGCUGAAAAAGCGAACUUUAAGAGUUCCACUCAAGAUCGUUGAGAAGACUGUGGGGCCAGGAAUUCCUCUUUCCAAAGAAUCUUUUGCUGAAGCCAAAAGUAAAUUAGAAGCACUGGACAAAAAGGAUGCAGAGAGAAGAAGAACUGCCGAGCUUAAAAAUAACUUGGAAGGAUAUAUAUACGCUACCAAGGAGAAGUUUGAAACCUCCAACGAGUUGGAUCAAGUUUGUACAAGUGAGGAACGUCAAGCUUUUAAUGAGAAACUUGAUGAGGUACAAGAUUGGCUAUAUAUGGAUGGUGAAGAUGCUUCUGCUACAGAAUUUCAAGAACGCCUUGACAUGUUAAAAGGCAUCGGUGACCCAAUAUUCUUCAGAUUGAAAGAGGUACCUGCAAGACCUCAGGCUGUUGAAGCAGCUCGCAAAUAUCUUCUUGGCCUGCAAACGAUUAUACAAAAAUGGGAGACCAAGAAACCUUGGCUUCCAGAAGAAAGAAUACAUGAGGUAAAAAGUGAUAGUGACAAGCUCAAGAUCUGGUUGGAUGAGAAGGAAGCUGAACAGAAAAAGACUUCGGCAUCUAGCCCACCAGUAUUUACAUCCGAAGAUGUAUACUCGAAGACUUUUAACAUACAAGAAAAGGUUGCCAGCAUCGAUAAGAUUCCCAAACCAAAGCCUAAGAUUGAGAAACCUGUGAACGAAUCAGAGAGCAGUAAAGAAGACGUGAAGAGCUCCAAUUCAGCAACCGAUGAGAGUUCAUCCCAAGGUGACCAAUCGGCCAAGGACUCAGAGAAUCCAACAAGUGAAAACGCCCAGUCCAAGUCUGAAUCCGAACCGGAAUCGAACAAACACGAUGAGUUAUAGUAGAAUAAUAAUAGAUAAUUAGUUCAAGUUUUGAUUUCCUGGUUCCUAAAUUCUAGAUAUGUAGUAGCAUCAUCCUUGGCCCAAACGAAUUGUUGAAUUGAGAUCCUUAGAGGAAUAUAGAGAAUGCAAAGCGAGAGCAGUUGUGUAACAGGACAUGAGGACAGUAGAUUCUAUGCCCACAUAACUACAACGUAGCUCUAGCUUAUGCGUCCACAACUUUGCUAGUUUUGAUUCUUUGUUUUAUAGGUAUCAGAAAUUUUGUUGGGUAUAAAUUCAUGCAUCCUCUUAAUGAUAUGAAAGGAAAGGCUACCUCUGCAAUU